AUGGCUGCGUUUGCCAGCAGCAAGGCGCAGACUACUCUCGCUAAGCAUGCCAGCCAUCUGAAUGUGGGGAGGCUGCCCCUGAUCGCGCGUCGGCCAUUCACCAGCUGCGGCGACUGCGCGCGCCGCUCCGCUGCUGCUGCCACCCCCGCCGUGCCUGUCCGGGACCCCUCCGGCAGGUUCGAUGGCCUCAGGUGCCGCUCCGCGCCGCAGCACCGCGUCUGCUUCUUCGGCUUCGGCGGCAACGACGAGCCUGAGUAUGAGGACGAGCUUACGGUGGCGAAGCUGCAGGUUGGCAUUUUCGGGAAAGUGGAGGAGCUGAAGCGGGAGCUGGACCGGGUGGCGUCACUCAUGGACACCGAUGACGAGUCGGCCAUGCAGGAGCUCGUCCAGGACCUGGUCAUCCUUUUGAGCCGCAACAUCGAGUACUGCGCCUACGGCUCCAGCGCCAUCUUCCUCACCGACGACUUUGAUGAGGCGGAGCAGAAGUUCAGCCAGGUCGCCAUGAAGGAGCGGUUGGUCUUCAAGAAGGAGACGCUCGCCAACGUCGGCGGCCGCGGCCUGGCCCGGUCGGCGCUCAAGGAGCAGGGCUCCGACGUCGGGCUCGACAAGUGGCUGUGCGUCACCCUGCUGGUGGCCGCCGAGUGCGCCCUGAAGCUUCCCAAGGUGCGGUCCCUGGCCGACCUCAAGGAGUGCCUGACCCUGCUGGGCGGCCUGAGGGUGGACGACGUGGUGGCUGUCGAGCUGCUGUGGACACCCCAGGAGGAGGGCGACGCGUACAGCAAGGACGAGCUUCUCGCUGACUACCCGGCGCUCGCAAACCUCUAG